ACACCUCACAUGCAUAACAUUACUCACCAGGCCACCACAACGACCGUACCGCUUCCUUGUCUAUUUAUUUCUCAUUCCUCACUGGUGUUUCUAUUUUCCCUCUCCAUAUCAUUCAAUCAUUCAUAACAGAGAAGACGGGAUUUAGCGAUGGGUGAGAAGGGGAACCAGAAUGAAGGCCAGAAGAAGGGCGGAGAAGAGAAGAAAAACGAUGGUGGGAAGAAGCAAGAUGGACCGCCAACGGUGGUUAUGAAGGUCGACUUGCAUUGCGAAGGAUGUGCGAAGAAAGUGAAAAACGCUGUAAAGGGUUUCGAAGGUGUUGAAGAGGUGAAGUGUGAUUUCAACAGUAACAAGCUGACGGUAAUCGGGAAAGCAGACCCAGUGAAGCUCCGGGAGAGGGUAGAGCAGAAGACGAAGAAGAAGGUUGAACUCAUCUCCCCUUUGCCGAAGAAGGACAAAGAUGGUAAAGAUGCUGGUGGCGGUGAUAAAAAGACGGAUGGAAAAUCGGAGAAGAAGCCAGAUGACAAGAAAGACAAGCCGCCUCAGGCAUCGACAGUGGUUCUGAAGAUCAGGUUGCACUGCGAGGGCUGCAUCCAGAAAAUUCGCAGGAUCGUAACCAAAUUCAAAGGCGUAGAAAGCGUGAGCAUUGACCCGGCUAAGGAUUUGGUGACGGUGAAAGGAACAAUGGAUAUGAAAAUUUUGACGCCGUACCUCAAGGAGAAACUUAAAAGAAGUGUUGACGUUGUUCCGGCGAAGAAGGAUGAUGACAAGAAGGGCAAAGAAGGUGGAGAUAAGAAGGAGAAGAACGGUGGUGGAGGAGAGAAGAAGGAGAAGAACGGUGGUGGGGACGACAAAGGUUCCGGCGGAGGAGACAUGAAGGAAGAGCAGCCGAAGGUUGAGGGGAAUAAGUUCGAUUACUACCCUCCAGGUUACAUGGUUCCAGGUUUCCAGUUUCCAGGGUACCAGGUGGAGUUGGUUCACCCUCCCCAGAUUUUCAGUGAUGAGAACCCAAACGCCUGCUCCGUUAUGUGAACGCGAACGAGGCUCUCUGGACGACUUUUGAGUAGUAGAGAAAAAGAAAACAAUGUAAAUAAGUACCGUGCAGGGAAAGAGGUGGGGUGGGGGAAGGACAGUAUAUAGUAUUUUGAUGCUGAGGGAAGCUUUUUGAUAGGUUUAGCUCAACGAACCGGCCAGGGUAGAUCCCGUGCUGUUGGCUGUUGAGUUAAAAAAUCUUAAAAACAGUGGUGUAAUGUUCCAUUUUGUCCAAUUUUAUUGGUUGGUUCAAUUCAAAUUUAGGCUUAUGAAGA